AUGGCAUACGCCUGUCUCUUCAAGUACAUGAUCAUCGGCGACACAGGUGUUGGUAAAUCAUGCUUAUUGCUACAGUUUACAGACAAGAGGUUUCAGCCAGUGCAUGACGUUACUGUUGGUGUCGAGUUCGGUGCUCGAAUGAUAACUAUGGAUGGGAAACAGAUAAAACUUCAGAUUUGGGAUACAGCAGGUCAGGAGUCCUUUCGUUCCAUCACAAGGUCGUAUUACAGAGGUGCAGCAGGGGCUUUACUAGUGUAUAUUACAAGGAGAGACACAUUCAACCACUUGACAAUCUGGUUAGAAUAUGUCCGCCAGCAUUCCAAUUCCAACAUGGUCAUUAUGCUUAUUGGAAAUAAAAGUGAUUUAGAAUUUAGAAGAGAAGUAAAAAAAGAAGAAGGUGACGCUUUUGCACGAGAACAUGGACUUAUCUUCAUGGAAACCUCUGCUAAGACUGCUUCUAAUGUAGAAGAGGCAUUUAUUAAUACAGCAAAAGAAAUUUAUGAAAAGAUCCAAGAAGGAGUCUUUGACAUUAAUAAUGAGGCAAAUGGCAUUAAAAUUGGCCCUCAGCAUGCUGCUACUAAUGCCACGCGCGCAGGCAGUCGGGGAGGACAGCAGGCCGGGGAAAGCUGCUGUUGA